GCGGCCACGCAUAACGAUAAAUUCACUCUUUCAAAUCAACUCCCAACCUUUCCAACUCCCAUUGAUCCGGCUGUCUCCAACCGCGUCCCACUUAUCUCUUUAAACGCCUGCAACGAUUUAGGCGAAUCUAACCGUGCCCCCAAGGCGGACGAAUCCAAUAGUCUGAAAUUGCGUUUAGCAAUAGCGUGGCAAAAGAAGGCCCGAAGACUCCAAGACGAACUGAUUACUCGCGUGAAAGGUAUUGUUUUCACGGAAUGCCCUGAGGUUUUGAACCUUUCCAUGGAAGGUCUUGGUUGGGGUGCACAGCUACUGGCUGAAGAUGCACCAGGUAGCCCGUCCGCAACACCCCCGACUAUCUUCAAGCCGUUCGGAUCCCGUCUGCCUUCCCGUGUGUUGGAAAUCAGGAAGUGGUUGUCC